AUGUCUGAUACUCCAGAAAGCAUCCCGGCCAAGUGGCACCCGGAUGAUAAGCAACUUUUCCAACGACCCUCUAAGCCUGGCCCGUCUGCACCAGAUGAGCAAAACGCGCCGCCUUGCAAUCGAUUCUGCUCAUAUAUGCCGAGUAGUGAGUACCACGUUGCGCCCAUGAAGACACGACUGUCACGGUCUGACGGUAUUGACUGGCCCGGCUUCCGGACGGGGCUGCCGACGAGCCCUAUCAACAUAAUCUACUCGCGGCCUGGAUACAAAUAA